GCACUGGACGUGGGCGAACCUCGAAUUGAAGCUCGUGUAGAAAGUGGUGCAGCGACUGCGUUGCUGGUGUCUGGAUGUGCCACGAGGGGGCAAGGGACGGUUGCACGCAUGAAAGCAUUUGAGCCAGAGGCGAGUUUUCGUGUGCUACGUGAUGCAUGCUGUCUUGUUAAACAGGAGCUGGUUUAUAGCGGUGAGGCGGUGCUUGUGUACGUCGACGUGCGCGCCACCAUCAUGAGGAGUGACAGGGAGCUAAUGGUGGACAAGUGCGAAAUGAUGGGUUGGUGGUAA